AUGCGUGCCUUCAUUGUCCUUUGCCUUGUGGCUUUUACUUGUGCCGAUAAACUGGGCUAUAACUAUCAACCUGUUCAACACUCAAACUCAGGAUUGUCUUUCACUCCCGGCAGUGGUCAAUUGCGUGGACUUGGACUCGGCGAUGGCUCCCUUGUGGGACAGGGUAGCGACUCCAUCGACAACUUUGCUGCCCCAGGUGGCUUCAACCCUAGCUUCAAUGGAGCUAAUCAGCGUGCUCAACCAAGUGGAAUUACCGGUGGUUUCCCCGGUGGCCUGACCAGCGAAUCUCGUGAGGCUCCAGUCGCCUACAACGCUCCUGCCCCAGCUCCAGAAUUGGAAAAAGAAUUCUUCACCUACACUGCUGACGAACAGGACUUCGAUGAGCCCCAGGCCUCUGAACAGGUGUCCAGCGCAUUGAACAAGGCUCUGCGUGUUGUCUUCAUCAAGGGACCCGAGAACCGUGGUUUGGAGAACGCUGCUCUGGCUCUGGCUAAGCAGGCUGCCCAGCAGGAGACUGCCAUCUAUGUCCUGAACAAGCAGGCCGACAUUGGAGAUCUGGCCAACAAGUUGAACGCCAUCCGCAGCAACAGCAACAACAAGCCCGAGGUUCACUUCGUCAAGUACCGCACUCCUGAGGAUGCUGCCAACGCUCAACGUGCGAUCCAAGGCCAAUACGACCAAUUGGGCGGUUCUUCAACCAACCAGGAUGGCGGUGUUGCCAGCUCGCUUAACUUUGCCUCUCAACCCGUUCCCGCUCGUGAAAAUGUCCCUGAAGCCUCCGCUCCUGGACCAAGCUACUUGCCAGCCAAUAUCCUGCGUCGUCUUCGAUUCUAAAUUUUGUUUAGAUGUUCAUAAC